AGGAUUUUAUUCUCAAAUGGAAUCAUGAUGUGGCUUUGUGAAAGCUGGAACUUUUUUUGUCUUCCUGCCCAUGAUGCCAAAGGAGUCAGCAUGAAGAACUGCCAGAAAGGAGAACAACAUUCUGCAGAGCCAGAUUGUCAGGACACUUGAAGCAUUAUUUUCUUGUGUGAGUGGAAGCAGUAUUCAGGAGACAUAACCAUGGGUUGCACACACUCGAGGUCUGAGGACCUCUAUAAGAAGUCCAUCAUCAAUUCAGAAACAUUUAUUGGCAGUAUCACCGAGACCCCAGGGUACUUCAGUCGGACGGUCCACACCUUGGACUUCCUUGAAAACAAGUUCCCUAAUCGAACAAAAACAGAGAUGUCCUAUACUGGACCCCCUUCCCACCUUCAGAACUCCAUUGACGUGCAUCCAUUUUGGAGUGAGUUUGGGCGCGAGUUUCAACCGACCGAUCGCUACAAUGACAUGUCAAAUGGUGAUGUUCCGCGAGGGUUGCUUCCUGGAACGGACACUGCCCAGGAGAUGAGAAAUCUUGAACAAAAGGAAUCAAUGAAAGACUUGCGGAACCAGGUGAAGGCCAAGUUGGCCCAGGUGAGACCGAUCCCGGAGGAAGAGCGGGAAGAACCGUCGCAACCGCUUCCUGGUCAAGGUAUGGACGAAGUGGACUCUGUAAUCAUCCCACCGCUGCCACCAAGUGAAUCCGUCCAGACAAAAUCAUCAGAAUCAAAGAGACCGGAAUCACCGAAAAGGAAAACGGAACAAUACCCUUUAAACAUCUCAGACAGUACUUUGGAUAAGGAAGCGGGAAGUUUCCAAGCAGAGAGAGCGGCCUUGGAUCUGUUGGACUCUGUCAUUAUGGAUAGCAUGAACCUUGAGGACGGAGAUGACGAAGAGGAUGUUGUUGUGACUCCUCCGGUUAUAGAGGACAGCAAUUGGUCGCUGGGUACAGAGUCCUUCAUGAAAGUCGAAAUGCGCAGGCGGAACUUGGACAAGCCUGUUCCAGGCGUGAUGCUUGACACAAGUAAUAGGAACUCUCAGAAUGUUCUCCGGUCAUCCAUGUACUUGCCGGAUGCAAAUUUCAUGAAUCCGCAUAGCGCAGCUGCUAAGUCCACCCAAAAUACGUCUGUUUUGGCCUACAGGCUCGAAGCGGACCAUCGAAAUGCUCUAGACAUCCGACCCCGACCAAAGAGUUCACUAGGUUUUCCAACGGACAAAUCUCUCAGUAAUGGGCUGAGUAAUAACAGUAUUGAUACAGGAGUGUUUUCCGACAGCGGCACAACGAAUAGUGCAUCAAGCAACGACAGUGGGAUCGGGUCGGGAGGGGGUGUGCGAGACUUGGUGAAGAUUUACAACGAACAGACGCGAACAUCGACAGUGGAACCGUCUUGGAAGAGGCAUUCAGCGAACCUUGAUAAUUACGGAAGAGGUGCGCAGAGCCGUAAUGAAAACUUGCCAAAGGACAACGACCCUGUGCCUAAGCACUCUGCCAUCUUGGAUGAAAUUCGUAAAGAGCUUCAGUUAAAUCUCUCAAGCUAGACUCUUUAAUAUCGAUUUUGUGAUGGUUUUUAAAUGAAGCAUGACAAGGUCUGAGUCUGUCAUGCCGGUUUUGGGUCUGUUUACCCAUUCCAUAGUUCCAAUGGAACAGGCUAGUGCUAGUAGAACAACUCGGUCUGCCUUUAUAGACCUAAGAUUAGUGUGGUCUUUUUUAUAUUAGCCUUAAUCAAAUGAGCUCUGGAAUCUGAAGUUGCAUGUGGUAUAUUCCAUUUUCUUCUUCGAAUUUUCAGUCUCAAAUUUGCUUCAAGAACAGGUCCCAGAUUAUUCUGAAUACAUAAAGAAAUCUAUGACUCAUGCUUUUUGAAGUAUACAUAAAAAUGCCACCUCUGUUUCCAUGUUCAGGUUACAUUAUAACAUCUUGAAACAAACUGCAUUCUAUCAGCAAUUCAGCAUCAACAUUAUGUUGUUAAUUUGUAAUCUAUCCUUAUCAUCAAUAUAUUGACAAUUAGAUGUCUUGACAAUAUUAAUGUGCAUGUACAUCAAUUUGUAAUUAUGCAUGUACGUGUAUGAACAGAUGCUAUUUAUACUCAAAACUAUUAUUUACACACAUUGUGUGUAUUGAUUUUGGUGUAAUGUACAUGUAUUCAGCUUUAACUGUACUUUUAUUUAUCAUGGGUGUUGAAUUGUGGUUGAUCAUUGCUCUACAUUUUUUGUAUUCCAGGUACAUUAUAUGGGCUAUUCCACGGUUACCCACAUUACAUUUGGAGACACCUUGACUCAUACUUGGAGCUGUAACUCCAUAAUUAUUGAUAGGAACUAAAAAUCUCUUUAUUACAACAUAGUAUGCAGUCUGACUAUCCUUUGUAUAAAAACAAAACUUGGGAAAUUUCAUUAUGCUCCUGGCAAAUAUUUGAAAUGUGUCGGUUACUCACGUUACAUGAUUUGGACAUGCAUAAAAUGAAAAGUGGACAUAAGUGAAAAGUGUCCUCAUGCAAGGCGUUUAGGAAAGUUGAUUAUAUCCAUUUCAAAAAAGUAUAUUAGGGAGACAAAUUUGUAUAUAAUUAAAAAAAUAAAGAACACAUGGUUUUUACUAGGGGUGCAGAUAAAGUGGUUACUCACGUUACGGUUCUGAUGGGCUGUAUGUACAAAGACACAUUGAGCUCAUGUCCACCAACCUAUGGAAUUACCCAUAUGUAUUAAUUUCCAUCUCUCUGAGGGAACAAGCAGUAGAACAUUUUGCUUUUUAUAAACAAUGAAAUGUAUUCCGGGGGCUCUAAAAGCUUGGUGAUAUUUGUACAAUUCAAGUUGUCUGAAAUUUCGAAAUUCCACACGAGGGAGACUGUUCCUAAUGACAGAGAUCAAUUGAAUUUGAAUAUAUGUUACACAGGCGUGUUCAUGUACAUAUAUUGCAAUCACACUCGCCCCUGCUGGAAAGAACACACUGUCAUGUCGUGUGAACACAGUUUGUUCACAUUGUGGACUAUGUGAAAGUAUCAUUCACAAUUUCACACUGUUAAAAUGCUCAAAUUUAACAGUGUGAAGAUAUUUUCAUACUGUGGACACCUCGACGGUGUGACUGUUUGCAGCGUGUUCACACGGUCGACUGUGUGUUCACACUGUUGAAAUGCUCAUUCAACAGUUCGAAGAUAUUUUCACACUGUGGACACCUCGACAGCGUAACUGUUCAGUGUUCACAGCAUGUUCACACAGUGGACUAUGUGAAAUCUGUGAUUCACACUGUUGAAAACUUGAAAUGCUCAAAUUCAACAGUGUGAAGGUGAUUUUACAUUGUGUUCCACACUGUGAACACACUGUGGAACAGUGUGUUUUUUCCAGUAGGAACAUGGCUUCAUGUUCAUAUAAAUACAUUUAGGCCAGUACAGUAUUUCCAAGACAGUGCAGAUGACCCCUGCGUAAUGACAAUGUACUUGUGUGUUACUGUUAAUACGUGUAUUUGAGCUUGUAAGCAUUCCAAUGUAAUAUCACCUUUAGCAUUGUAUUUUGUAUUGCAUUGACAUAAAUGGUCUGUAGUGGUAUUCAUUUUCUUUAUUUGAACUACAGUCAAAGCUACAUAUAAGACCUCCCAAGGGAGACAUGAAUAGCGGUCUCUUUGAGCAGGUGGAGUUUUUUGGACAGGUACUUGUGAUACAUGUUUCAGUCUUGCUUUAUAUCCAUGCCAGUACCAGCUAGUUUUUCUUUCAUUGAUAUGGGUAAUUUUUUUUAAAUAUAUAUUAGUUUAUCAUUUUAUUUGAUGGGCAAUGUUAACUACAUGUAUGAAAAGAACAGUAAAUGAAUAAAGAUGAAUUUGAUUUUUACCCAUUUUUUUUUUUCAUAAUGCUAAUGGACUAUUGGGGAUAAGCAGGGAAUUGUAAUUUGUACAUUCAUGGUACAUACAAUCGUACAGUUCACAGAGCUACAUGCAAAUAUUGCUUUAGAUAGGAUUUUCCUAUUUUUCGAAAUAAUUUUUGCUAUACACACCUUUAUGGGAUUUAUGAAUUUCUUUCCUAAUUUAGACCAAAAUCAGGGCUAUUUUUCGAUCAGAAAUGUUGAGAAUUUUAUUUAGAGAUUACGCUUUUCUUAAAGAUUGGAACAAAGUCUGAACAUGCCUAAAAUUUCAUGAUUGUUUUUUUUUUAUCAUUAUUGUUAUGGGCUAUUAUAAGCAGGACACAUUAUUUUACAGAUCUAUGAAAGGAGAUGCUAUUACACAUACAAAUGUAGUUUGGUCUUGCUUAGGUGACUUUUAUUUGUUUAAAUUAAAAAAAUUGUAAAGGUCUUUGUUAGCCAGCCUUUUUAUAUUUUGUAAUCAAUAAUAGAAUUAUAAUUCAAAUGGUUUUGGUAAUGAUCCGUAAAUUUCAGAAAAAGCGAAUGACAUAUAAGCUGCAUUUUUAUACAUACAUAAAGGUCAUGUUUGAUUUUUUUUUUUCAUUUUUUAAUCAUCACCAAGUGCAAAAGCCUACAGGGCCACAAGCAUUGUUUAAAUUGAAAAAAUUGUAAAGGUCUUUGUAAGCCAGCCUUUUUAUAUUUUGUAAUCAAUAAUAGAAUUAUAAAUCAAAUGGUUUUGGUAAUGAUCCGUAAAUUUCAGAAAAAGCGAAUGACAUAUAAGCUGCAUUUUUAUACAUACAUAUAGGUCAUGUUUGAUUUUUUUUUUCUUCAUUUUUUAAUCAUCACCAAGUGCAAAAGCCUACAGGGCCACUAGCAUUCCGGAACGGUCUGUUUUUGUUUUUUCUGUAAUCAUUGACAAUUUUUUUUCACUCUCAUUUCACUAUAGACCAAGUACAUAUACAUGAGACACUGAACUGUAAUUAGUUGUAUUGAAUGGGAAUGGUGUCAUGAUUUAAAUGUUGGAAGUUUGAAAAGAUGGUGUGACAUAUACUUCCCCUGCUUUUAAUCUGAAAAUGUAUAAUGUCAAAUCACUUUUUUGGACAUCAUGAUAAUUGUAAUAAUGAUAAUGCAACAUUUAUUUAAGACAAUGUUUAUAUGUGUUGCAGCAUGAUUACCCUAGACAGCUGGCAGCCGUCUGUUUUGAGGAGUUUUUUAACAUUUUUUUUUUUUAAGUUCUCCUCAUACACAGACGGCUCGCUAGCGUGCAGCCACCAUUAGGGGACUUGCAAUGCAAAAUCCCCCCGUCGGGGCUCUUCAAUUUUUGUCUUUAAUCAAUAAACAUUUUGAAAAUUAAUGCGACCAAAAUGCAAAUUGAUAUUCCCUCUUGGCAUUAAUUGCCAAGAAACGGUGAAAAAUCGAGUUAAAAGGAACAAAAACAGUGACUUACCUCGGCUGUCGCGCAAAUUCACUUCCCCGUUUUAUCCGAUCUUAAGUACAUAAACAUAUGGCCAUUGAGUCCCCUGUACAGAUCGCGCUAGAACUUCGGUCUCUGUAUUUGGUGAGUGAAGCCAACGGAGUUCAGCUGAACAACCAACAUAACAGAGACCGAAGCUUUUGGUCUAGAUUACCCCAGCUAAGCUCAGCUACCCUGAAUAGAUGCUUAAGCAUUCAAGGAAUGCUUUCCUACCAGGGGCCCGUUUCAUAAAGGACUUACAACUGUCGUAACUUUGCCUUUAUGGCAACUUCCCUGACAACAGGGCUCAGCAGCCAAUCAAAAUUAAGGUUUCCAUGGUAGUUACCAUUAAGGCAAAGUUACAACAGUUGCAAGUCCUUUAUGAAACGGGCCCAAGUUGUCUAUAAGACAUGUACUACAGAGUGGGAAAUGUACAUAAAGACCUUACCAGAGGAUGACGGUGCUGUGGUGGAUUUGAACCCUAGACCUUGUGAUUCAAAAUCCUAGCCCCUUUUCCCUGCAAAACAAUCAGUUAAAUUGUUGAUAUUGUGUGACAUGCAAAGACACAUUCAUUCAUUGAUGUAGUUCUUGUGUUUAUUGUAGCUCUUUCAGCUCCGACGUGUGCUUUGAAAUUAUUUUGUGGUGAUUUUUUGUUUAUAGUUUCAGAUGUGUAUUUUCAUACAGAUUUUACUUCAUUAUUUAGAGUUCAACUAACAAUAUUUUGCUUAAUAAUGAUUUGUUAAAAAAAAAAAAGAAUUUGAAAAAGGGAAGAGAUAUUAUAUCUUCAUAAAUGUAUGCAGCUUCAAUCAACAUUAUGGGCUCGAUUAAAGUGUUAUGAUAAUCCUAUUCUGCUUUUUCAUUUAUCCAUUGCUUAAUAA